GAGGAGGAAGAGGAGGAGAAGAGAGCUGAUGUGGGCCGAGGAAGCCAUGGCUGCUGCCUAAAACACACACACACACGUACAGAAGGGAAGCUUUUUCCUUUUGGAGGGAUCCAGGUCCUGUUGCCAUGGCUGGUGGGAAACAGGAGCUUAAGAGAAGCAUCUCCAUCAUCCCCUGCUUUGUGUUUGUGGAGCUGGUGAUCAUGGCAGGCACUGUGGUGCUGGCCUACCACUUUGAAUACACCGACACUUUCCCUGUGCAUCUGCAAGGCUUCUUCUGCUACGACAGUGUCUACGCCAAGCCCUACCCUGGCCCUGAGGACACCAGCCGAGCACCUCCAGUCCUGGUCUACUCUCUCGUCACUGCUGUGCCCACCGUAACGAUACUUGUUGGGGAACUGGCCGCUUUCUUUCUCCAGCCAGAAAGACGUGAGGAGAAAACGAUCAUCUCGGGCGAGUGCUGUUAUUUCAACCCCCUCCUACGUCGCAUCAUCCGCUUUUUGGGCAUCUAUUCCUUUGGUCUCUUCACUACCACCAUCUUUGCCAACGCUGGGCAAGUGGUGACCGGCAACCAGACCCCACACUUCCUCUCGGUGUGUCGGCCCAACUACACCGCCCUGGGCUGCCAGCCACCACCCGGCACUGUCUACGUCACGGAUAAGGCGGCCUGUACUGGGAACCCUGUGCUAGUCGCUGCUGCCCGCAAAGCCUUCCCCUCCAAGGAUGCAGCCCUCAGCGCCUAUGCCGUGGCCUACACUGUGAUGUACGUGACGCUCGUGUUCCAGCUGAAGGGCUCCCGCUUGGCCAAGCCCUCCCUCUGCCUGGCCCUCCUCUGCCCGGCUUUCUUGGUGGGCGUGGUGCGUGUUGCCGAGUACCGGAACCACUGGUCCGAUGUGCUGGCUGGAUUCCUCACAGGUGGGGCCAUUGCUGCGUUCCUGGUGACUUGUGUGGUCAACAAUUUCCAGAGUACUUCACCUAUGACCAAGAAAGACCCCCCACCUGAGAAUCCACCCAGUGCCCCAGUCAUGGGCUUGCCCUGCGUUGACAGUUCCCUUGAAAAGUUAAGUGUGGCUCAGCAGGUGAGGGACCCCCCAGAAGAGCAGGAGUUUUCUACGCUACUCUCAAGAGGCCUGGAAAGGCAGCUAGCACGAUCUCUGCGCUUGGCAGCGCCCGGCAGCGCAGCGGUGGCCCGCCCCUACGAAAUCACAGAGCUGUGUUCACAGAGAUCACCUGAUCCUCAACUGUGUCUCUUCCCCACCACCCCAGAUGUCCUUAUUCCCUCCCGGUCGGUCACCAGCGAGGUCUGACCCAAGGAGGCACUCCGCCAUUCUUAAAGCGGGGCUGGGGUUUUGGGGUGGGUGGGCCGAAACUUCUUACUCUCUCAGAUUCCCAUCCUCUUCCUUGGCCUUUCCUUGGAACAGGUUUGUGGGUUGUUGUCAUGCCAUACUUCUGAUUCUCUGAUAUGAGUGUGCUUGGGGAGGGGGGGGGGGCAAAGAAGCAGGGUUAAAAUAAAACACCUUAAGUUUUCCAUUGGGGCUGAUGCCAUUUAAAGGGGCUUGAUCCUGCUGCUAGUUGCACAUCUUCUCUGGGACUGAGCCGUCUGGGACUUUGAUCAGA